UGUCCCUUCCGUUCUCAGUUUCACCACAAAAAAUCGUUGAAAGAUCAAAUCCAACGGGGGAGUUCCUCAAAAAAGGAAAAAUCCAACGGGGGAAUUCCUCAAAAAACAUGCUAAGGUAGAACGCGAGGAUUUUGGGUAGACUCUUCCCCAAUCCUCCCUUCUCCUCACAUGGCCUCUCUACAACGUACUCUCCUCGCCCCUUCCCCGCUCUGCUGCUGUUCGUACGCUCCUCAUGACCCAAGGACGACCAGGAAAAUAUCUCAAAGGUUCUCAAAUGGGACUUUCCCCACCGCGAAGCCAUUCUUGCGGGGCGAGUUCUCGGGAAGCGGCGGGGCCUUGGCCUGGAGAACGGCUGGAAGGAGGCGCCUUGGCGUGGCCGGAGCAGGGAAAGGCCCCUUCUUUGGUGGCGGCGGGCGGCGGCAGGGCUCGACCGGCCGGGUCGUGGGGAACCUUGCCUUCGUCGCUCUCUUGACGUACCUGGCGGUGAGCGGUCAGUUCCGGUGGCUUCUUGAUGCCAUCGUCUCCAUCUGGCUACUCACGGUACUUCUGCCUAUUUUGGGUCUGGGUGCGCUUAUAUUCUUCGCACAACGAAAUAUACUACAGAGCAAUUGUCCCAAUUGUGGAAAAAGCUUCCGGAUACUGAAGACAUCUUUGAAGGAUGGUCCGCAAUUUUGUCCUUAUUGCACUCAACCUUUCUCUGUUCAGGGCAAUGAAUUCGUCCGAGAAUCUGCUCGGUUUUCAUCUGGAAGGACCGCUACAAAUGCACAACGAGCCUUCAAUGAGUUAUUCAAUCGUGGUUCAAAAGGUUCAAAAGGAAAUACGCCUUCUGGUUCUGGAACUGUUGUGGACAUCGAGGCUGAAGUCACGGACAUAGAGUGAUAUAUUUCUGCAGGACAACACUCAGCCUCAUGAGUAUCAGUUUUGCUGCUCUCCAGAGCCUGUUUUUCUUUUUUUCUCUCCCAAAAGCAGUAUCAGACCACUCUCAAGAUCUAUGUUUAGGUUGCCUCGUUGCACAUGCUUUAGGAAAUAGGAUUGCGGCCUAGCAAGCUUAGAUGCGAGACUGGGAAUGCGUCUUCUGGCAAUUGGCAGAUACAGAUAGGCGCCCAUAUUAACAGGGUUGUGAGUAUUUACAUUGCUUUGUUUGUAUAUUGCCUCUGACCCGAACAUGGUUUCGGAAUGCACCCAGGGUUGUGUAUGUAUUUGGCAAACAAGGGUAGACAUUUGACAGCCCUUGAACAUGAAUACAUGAUGUACAUGAUUAUUCUCAUUUACUGUCUAGUUUCUGUUCAUCCAAA